UCCGGGCCACUUUUGAUCUAGUCCCGUCUGAUAGAAAACCACCAGUCCACUGCCAGAAUCCAGUCCGGGUUUUGUACCUCUCCGGCCGCAGAGAGCAGCUUAUCUGCUCUUCCUUUGUGUUUGAACCUGUUUAAAGUGUGCUCAGUGAGACCGGUACGGCUCAGGAGAACACCUUCUACCUGUCCCUGUUCUAGUCCUGAUGUCUGAGGGCCUGGGAGCAGACUCCUCCAGCGGGGAGGUGUUUGUCAGCAGGUUCCCCCUCCACCGAGCCUGUCGGGAUGGGGAUGUUGGAGCUCUGGUCUCCCUGGCUCAGCAGCUCUCAGACCCGGCUCCUCUGACCGCUGAGGACUCGGUGUACGGAUGGAGCCCCUUACACUGGGCUGCUCACUACGGACAGCUGGAGUGUGUGGUGCGCCUGGUGCAGAUGGGUUGUGAGGUGAACACAGGGACCAGCCGCUUCAACCAGACACCAACACACACGGCGUCGUUCGGAGGACAUCCUCACUGUGUGCUGUGGCUGACUCGGGCUGGAGCUGACGUCAACAGACAGGAUUUUGUAGGUGAGGCUCCCAUCCACAAGGCGGCUCGUUCAGGUAGCUUGGAGUGUAUCCAGGUCCUGUUGAUAGCAGGUGCUAAACCACAUUUAAGGAAUGCCAGUGGACAGACGGCAGCAGACCUGGCACAGUCUCACGGCUUCCUCGACUGUUUCGGCUUCAUCUCCAAAACCAAGAAGCACCUGCUGCAGCUCAGUGGACUCCAUGUGAACAGAGUGGAGAACAGCGCCCCCUGUGGUCAGGGCCUGCUCAGCAGGAAGAGGCUGCUGACCGCCGUGGACGCUGGUCACAUGAAGAGAGCCAGGGGAGCUGAUAAUGUGCUGGUGCAGGUGCAGAGCAGUGCAGAGGAGCAGCUGGAGAGCAUGAACAUGGAGUCUGCUCAGGAGCUCAGCUCAGAUGAUGCCACCAAAGCCCUCCAGCAUCACCCUCUACCUCAUGCUGACCAGGAUGACCCCAAGCUGUCCUCCGCUACAGCCAAUCAGCAGGCAGCAGCAGCGCCCGCCUGGCGCUCCUCUUCUGACAUGUGCGGCUCCCUGCAUCUGAGCGGCAGUCCCAGCAGCUGUGUGUCCCACCGGCCGGCCUGGCGGGAGCUAACGGGAGCGGACACCGCCGACUUCCUGCACUACGGACACUACCACGGCUUCGGAGACACAGCGGAGGAGCUGAGCGACAGCAGCUGCCGGGACUACAGCAGCAGCAUCCAGGCUGAGCACAGAUACAUCCACGUCUACCACAACUCAUAGACAGUCAGUCCUCACAGCCAGGGGUCUGUUUCAUAUGCUUCUCUUCACUUGCAUUAAACAGCGCGCUCACAUUAUUGGAAAUAUGACGAAACAUUUCAAUAGCCCCUUUCAUAGUGCUAUUUCAUGCCGGGAUAUUUACGGCUCUGUAACGUCUCGCCUCCACUAUGAACGUGUCCGAAGCGGCAGGCCGGGAUCAAAUGAUCCAUCAAUUUUCUGCCUCCAGAGGGAGUCACAGAGGCGGAAAAUGUGACGUCAAACACACGCCUCCCACUUGGUCCGACGGUCAUCCAAUCACUGUUCACUGCGGCCGCCAUAGCUACCUGUGCACAGCGCCCGCCGUUUAUUGUAAACAAACCAGCAUGCUAAGUGUACACCAAGGUUAUUAUAGUUAACCGAACUAACGAAAAAAGUAGAAUUGAAAAAACAUUCUUGUUAACUGAAAUAAAAAUAAAAACGAGAGUUUAAAAAAAAAAAGAUAACUAAUUGAAACUGUAUUGUGUGGUUAAAAAACGAACUAAAAGUAGCUAUAAUUAUAGUGAAAAUGUCCUUUGUUUUCGACAUUGUCAACUUUUUUCAUACAUAAUCCAGUAUUUCUAUUAGAAAGAGGAUUCUGUUAGUGAACCUACAAGAACACAUGGUAAAUAUGUUUACUGAGACUGGGAUGUCUACACUUGGACCAAAGAACUGCAAGAGUUAAUAACUUUAUUGGGGCUAAGAUGGAUAAACCAAAGGAAAUAAAGGCAAAAUGUAUAAUGAUCUCUUUGAAUCUUGCACCCAACACAUAGCCCAUUACAAAAAACUAAAACUAACACUAAAACUAAUAAAAACUCAACUAAAACUAGCAAAUUUACUCUAGAAACUAAUUAAAACUAACUGAAUUUCAAAACAAAAAUUCACAAUGAAACUAAAACUAAUGAAAAAUCCAAAACUAUUAUAACCUUGUACACGUGGUGUCCACCACUGAUCGUAAACAAACCAGCAGCGCUAACUGUGCACAGUGUCCGGUGCUUGAUGUAAACAAACGGAGGUCGCUAAGUGAACACAUGCUGCUGCAGCACAUACACACUGUACUGCUACAGUGCUAACUAUGUAGCCUAUUAGCACUGUGCUACUGCUCAGCACUGCUGCUGCUCUGACUAUUGUCUCCUCCACCUCAUUUCACGACGCCAGACUGCACUAUGAAAGGGCAGAAUACCACUUUGCCUUUGCAGGAUCACUAUGAACGCCCUGAGGCGAAAAGCCGGCACAGAUCUUUCCGGCAAUAUAGCGAGACAUUUGCGGGACGGCACUAUGAAAGGGGCUAAUAUCUACUCAAAUCUGACGCCAAAGAUAAUCUUGAACAGAGACACCUUCACCCCAUAUUGGAUCACCUAGCCGAGCAUUACUACAAUGUAAUUACAUUUCUCCCAACUCAAACUGAUGUUUUUUAAUAUGCUAUAUUGUAGGAAAAAAAUUUAAUAAGAAAGUGGUUUAGGAGAAGUCUGAAUUAGUUUCCAUGGAAUUUGGACAGCUAGUUUCUAUGACCCUGUUUACACUUGGUUUUAAAAUGAUCGGAUCACAAGUGAACACAUGAGACACAUGGCCGUUUACAGUUGUGUGUGUCAUGCGUCUCCAAGGGGUCCAGUUGACCCCUGACAGGUUUCAUUACUACUUACACCACAUCGCUAGAAGCUCAAAUAUAUUACAUCUUGCAACCACCACUACAUUACAAAUUAUAUGUGGUCAAAUGCCUCGAGCACCUCGGUGAGUAUGGAGUUAGAUUUGUGCCAAAAUGUUCAAACAAAAAAAUAUUAAUCAAAAUGUCAAAGACAAAAUUCAAAACUUGCAAUCAAAUUAUUUGUGUAAUUGCAGAAGAAAUCUGUCUUUAAGUUUUUUUGUUUGUUUGCUGCUGGUUUUGCUUUUGCGAUUCUGUCUUUGUGUUUGCAGCCUUUUCACUUGCGGUUCUGGCACAAAUUUCACGUGUGGGCGGGUUUCUCUGGGUGCAUUCCUAUUGGCUAAUGCGUUUUGACUGACAGCUGAGCUGCAACUGCCCCAGAGUUUUUUUGUUUAAGUUUUGUAUUCGAUAUUAAUUAGAUUGAUAAUUAAUUUUUUUUUUUUAAUAUGAAAAAGUGUUGUUUAAACAUUUUGGCACAAAUCUAACUCCAUAGUGAGGGGUCUGGGUGAUCCGAUGAUAAUUGGACCCAGUUUACACUUAACGUUGACCACUUUCGCCCAUUAAAUCCAAGUGUAAACAGGCUCUUACAGGCCUUUAUUCAGUCAUAGUGAGGUUGCCAGGUAUCCAUAGUGUCAGAACUGAAGUAAACUCAGUUGAAACAAUAAAUCUGACAGCUUUGCAGCUACUGAAAGUUGUCAUUUGAUAGAUCUAGGACCUUUGGAUUGAAAAUCACUGCUUGAGUGGCUCGUCAAAAUCAAAACGGGGAGAAGCAAAAACUGGGAAACCCCUGAUAAUUAAUCUUUGUUUAACCUUUAACCUUUGGCUCCAGUAACCAGUCAAGUGGUUGAGUCUCUAAUGGAGCAACAUUGACAGUAGCUCCACAGACCUGUAUUCUGCUCGGUAAAAUGACUGUUUUUGUCUAGGGAGUCUGGUGGCUUUGAAUAGAGCAGAAAAGCCUCUGAUCUAUGGUUGAUAGAGAAAAAGGCGAUAUGCUUAAAGAAAAUUAAAUAUAAGACUAAUAUUUGUAAGGCAAAUGUUGGAUUCAUACAUAAGAGGUCAGAUUUGUGUUGAAAGGUUUGCUGGUGUGACUGAAUUCUUCACUGGCCAGCCUCCAUCGUGUCUGCUUCUCUAAUCUGUUCAAGAUAAUUGACCUAUGGCUAAGCCCCGCCCCCUCCACUCACUCACAAACAGUCAACAUUGGGUGACAGGCGCUAUGGCAGCUGUCACAGUGGGAGACAUUUCACAGGAGGCAAAUGAUUAGUUUUGAUUUUGAUCAGAAAGAUUAUAUAUCAUCUCGAAGUCACCAAAAGGGCCUUAGCUAUGCAUUGGAGGGUUAUAUUAAUAAUUUUAUUGUUGAGAAGGUCGAUGAAAAGCUUCAACUCCAGGCAAAAAUGUACUAGCCUAACGUUAGAAAGGGUUAGACUAACAUUAGCUAACUUUAGCCUAAUGUUAGAAAGGGUUAGGCUGACGUUUUAAACUUAAAAUGUCAAGAAAAAACAUAAAAAAAUGAAUGAAAACUGACUAACUCUAAUGCAUUUCAAUGGACGUGGAAGCAGAGAAUGUCCAAGUGUAUUGGGUUAGCUAUGAGCAUUGUGAUUGGCUCAUCGCUUUUAGGGGCGUGGUUUAGCCAUAGGUCAAUUAUGCAUUUGUUUCCAGUUUACUGUUCGAGCUUCAUGUUGACAGUUUCUUUAAGGCCAGUGUUAAACUCUGACUUUCCUAACGUCCUGUUCUAAACUACAUCCGUCCUCAAUGAAUGUGAAAACCCAACAAAGUUCCAUCCAAAACAUUUCUGUAUUUACAGUAUUGAUGUGUGUCUCUGCUCUGCUGGCUGCUUUGCACUGUUACAGCUGUCCGGUUAUGUGGCGUUUUGUGUGUUGAUGUCUGAUCACACACUCCUGAUAGCCUUGAUUUACCAAAGGGAAUACGAUUUGUGCUUCUUUUAUUUUGAAAUCAUUUAUUUAUGUUUUAGAGCAGAUGGAUGUUUGUAUUCAAAUCUGUACUGUAAUUUUAUAAGCAUAGUGUAGGGGAGUCUUUGGGAUGAUUGUAACAAAUAGACAGUGUGCCUCUUUUUGUAAACACUAUCGUGUGGGAACGUUUUAUACUCAUGCCUCUUGUUAUUAGAAAACAUGUUUUGCAGUUUCAUAAAAAAAAUUGUGCAAAUUGAGUGGAUUUUUUAAAAUGUAUUAAGGGAUUUUUUAUCAGUAUCUUCAUUUUUUACAUUGAAUAAAAAGU